GUAUAUAGUCAACCAAAAAGGUAAAUUCAGAUUUGUAUAAAUGUAAAUGGAGAGAUGACUGUAUCUUGAGAUUUCUGGUAGUUAUUAUAUAAGUUGAGAAAGAGAGUAAGAGACCCAAUUAUUGUUAUUUUCUAAAUUUGGCUCUGCUCAAAGACAACGGAACUCUCUGCUUUUCUUCUUUCUAGAGAUCUUUUCUUGAGGUAAUAAUUUAAAGAUGGGAGAUGAAGAUUUAAUAGAAUUGAAGUUCAGACUCGCAGAUGGUACCGACAUUGGUCCAAGCAAAUAUAGUCAAUUCAUGACUGUUGCAUCUCUCAAGGAGAAAAUCAUUGCUCAAUGGCCUAAAGACAAAGAAAACGCACCAAAGAUGAUAAAUGAGGUUAAGCUCAUCAAUGGUGGGAAGAUACUUGAGAACAACAAAACACUUUCUGAAGCAAGGUCCUUAAUAACUAUUGGUGAACUUCCUGGAAUUGUAACUACAAUGCAUGUUGUUCUUCGUCCUCCUCUCUUUGAGAAGAAAAAAGAGAAACUGCAGAAUGAUCCUCCAAGGAAGAGUCACUGUGUAUGCUGCAUUUUGUAGCUCCACUUAGAGAUUUUUGAUCCUUUAUACAAUUUAUUCCAUUGGAAAAAACUUUCCAUAUCUUAAAGUCUUCAACAUGGAUCUUCAUUACCAGAAUGAUUUUGGUUUUUCUUCCUUCCUUUUCUUCUUCAUUGUUUAUCAAAAAUGGCUUAAGAAAAAUUACUGUGUUGUUGAAGAUUGAGGUAUUAUGUAAAAAUUUGUUCAUAUGAGUGAAAAGCAAAUAUGAGUUGCUUGAAAGGACCUGUUAUAACACAAGAAGAUAACUAGUUAUAUAUAACUUUAGAGCACUACAAUAUUUACUUAGAGAUGUAUAUCCAUCCACAUAGUAACAAAUGCUCCAACUUUUAUCUGUUGUGAUCACUACAUCUUCACACAAGCUUGAGCAUUUCCUCAAUUAGAUUGUUUAUGGCUCUAUACUUCAUCAUCACAAUGUUUGCUUCAAGAAAGAGCUGCAAGAGUUUCAGAAACUGAGUGAUGAUAAAAUAAUUACUGUGUUUUUCUUUAAGCAUAUUUAUCUGGAAGCUUGGUCUGACUAUACAGAUCUACUAAAUCAGCACAUGCAUUGUGGAAGGUUGUAGGGUAAGUUUUGAUUAGAAAGGGACACCAUUUUAUGGCCUUAAGAUGGA